AGUGUUGCUCUUACGUUAACAAUUAAGCUUCCGGGAAAGCACGACGUUUCCCCCCCGAAAAAUUCUCUGCUGCAGUGAAACAUGACCUGACAUAUACCGCGUUCAUGUGCUGGCUAAUCAUCCUGUGAAGCCACUUGACCAUGGAUUCCCCAAUGUGUCUGGUCGAAAACGCCGAUGGCGAGCUUCAUGUAGUUCCUGGUGCCAUCAAGUACCUGAUGGGACUGAACCAGAAAGUCGUAGUGGUGUCGGUGGUCGGGCUGUACCGCACCGGCAAGUCCUACCUCAUGAACAAGCUGGCUGGAAAGAGAAAAGGUUUUGCCCUGGGAGCCACCAUCCAAUCCAAGACUAAGGGAAUCUGGAUGUGGUGUGUGCCUCACCCUGAAAAAAGAGACCACACCCUGGUGCUGCUGGAUACAGAGGGGCUGGGGGAUGUGGAGAAGACAAAUAGGUACCACUAG